GCUUCUGCAGCCAUACCACCCAAGAAAGGAUGCUAUUAGAAUCUUGGGGACUGGGCUAAAUGAUGUUGCAUCGCAGACCCUAAUAUGGUCAAUGCAGGAGACAUGAAUGGUUCUGGCAACCUGAUGGAUUUUCUGGAUGAGCCUUUCCCCGAUGUUGGAACUUACGAAGAUUUCCACACCAUUGACUGGCUGCGGGAGAAAUCACGCGACACCGACCGCCACAGAAAGAUUACAAGCAAAAGUAAGGAAUCCAUAUGGGAGUUCAUCAAGAGUUUGCUGGAUGCUUGGUCAGGAUGGGUUGUAAUGCUUCUCAUAGGACUUCUGGCAGGCACAUUAGCUGGAGUGAUAGAUUUAGCUGUGGAUUGGAUGACAGACCUGAAAGAGGGUGUCUGCCUGUCUGCCUUCUGGUACAGCCAUGAGCAGUGCUGCUGGACGUCUAAUGAAACUACAUUUGAUGACAGGGACAAAUGUCCCCAGUGGCAGAAAUGGUCUGAACUUCUUGUAAGCCAGUCUGAGGGUGCAAGUGCUUACAUUCUAAACUAUUUUCUAUACAUUAUGUGGGCUCUAUGUUUUGCUUUCCUGGCAGUCUCCCUGGUCAGAGUGUUUGCUCCCUAUGCCUGUGGCUCUGGAAUCCCAGAGAUAAAAACCAUCUUGAGUGGGUUCAUUAUUAGGGGCUACCUGGGAAAGUGGACACUUUUAAUCAAAACAGUCACCUUGGUUCUGGUGGUAUCUUCAGGCCUCAGCCUUGGGAAAGAGGGGCCGUUAGUCCAUGUGGCCUGUUGUUGUGGAAACUUCUUCAGCAGCCUUUUCUCAAAGUACAGCAAGAAUGAAGGAAAGAGAAGAGAGGUGCUUUCAGCUGCAGCUGCCGCAGGAGUUUCUGUUGCCUUUGGUGCUCCAAUUGGAGGUGUGCUUUUUAGUCUGGAAGAGGUCAGUUACUACUUUCCUCUGAAAACUCUCUGGAGAUCAUUUUUUGCUGCUCUUGUGGCUGCCUUUACACUGAGGUCCAUCAAUCCUUUUGGAAACAGCCGGCUGGUCUUGUUCUACGUGGAGUACCACACACCCUGGUACAUGGCCGAGCUCUUCCCCUUCAUCUUGCUCGGUGUCUUUGGCGGCCUCUGGGGGACCCUCUUUAUCCGAUGCAACAUUGCCUGGUGCAGGAGGCGAAAGACCACCAGACUUGGGAAAUACCCAGUCCUGGAGGUCAUAGUGAUAACAGCUAUCACCGCCAUCAUCGCCUAUCCCAACCCCUACACCCGGAGGAGCACUAGUGAGCUGAUCUCGGAGCUCUUCAAUGACUGCGGUGCACUGGAGUCCUCUCAGCUCUGCGACUACAUCAAUGACCCAAACAUGACCCGGCCAGUGGAUGACAUUCCUGACAGACCUGCUGGCCCUGGAGUCUACACUGCCAUGUGGCAGCUUGCCUUGGCUUUGGUGUUUAAAAUUGUCAUCACAAUAUUCACUUUCGGCAUGAAGAUCCCUUCAGGCCUUUUCAUUCCCAGCAUGGCUGUUGGAGCCAUGGCUGGCAGGAUGGUUGGGAUUGGAGUAGAGCAGCUGGCAUAUCACCAUCAUGACUGGAUCAUCUUCAGGAACUGGUGCAGACCUGGGGCAGACUGCGUCACACCAGGACUUUAUGCUAUGGUGGGAGCAGCAGCUUGCUUGGGUGGUGUUACUCGAAUGACGGUCUCUCUGGUGGUGAUUAUGUUUGAGUUAACUGGAGGCCUGGAGUACAUCGUACCUCUUAUGGCUGCAGCUGUCACAAGCAAGUGGGUGGCAGAUGCCUUUGGGAAAGAAGGGAUCUAUGAAGCUCACAUUCAUCUGAAUGGCUACCCAUUUCUGGAUGUGAAGGAUGAAUUCACUCACCGAACCCUGGCAACUGAUGUCAUGAGACCAAGGCGUGGUGAAGCUCCUCUCUCUGUUCUGACACAGGACAGCAUGACGGUGGAGGAUGUUGAGACACUAAUCAAGGAGACUGACUACAAUGGCUUUCCAGUAGUGGUUUCGAAAGACUCAGAGAGACUUAUUGGAUUUGCACAGAGACGAGAGCUGAUUCUUGCAAUAAAGAAUGCAAGACAGCGUCAGGAUGGGGUGGUGAGCAACUCCAUUGUGUACUUCACUGAAGACCCCCCUGAACUGCCACCCAACAGUCCCCAUCCACUGAAGCUGCGGCGUAUUCUCAACCUGAGUCCUUUCACUGUCACUGACCACACACCAAUGGAGACUGUGGUAGAUAUUUUCCGGAAACUAGGACUCCGGCAGUGUCUUGUCACUCGCAGUGGGAGGCUGCUGGGUAUCAUAACUAAAAAGGAUGUAUUAAGACAUAUGGCUCAAAUGGCAAACCAGGACCCUGAAUCUAUCAUGUUUAACUAG